AUGAUUUUGGUUUCAUUUAUAAAAAUCAUAUUUCCUCUGCCCUUUCUGCUCUAUAAAGAUUGUGUAUAGAUACCUGGAUCUGAUUGUAUUGAUAAUAGCUGGACUAAUGCUCAUGAAGUAGUUGAAUGUCAAGGAAUAAAUUAUAUGGGAUCAUUUACAGGAGGAAGAAAAAUAUCAAGAACAUAUUGGUGUCCAUCAGAGAAAUAGAUAAAGUUUUCAUUCACAUUAGCUAAAUUUGAUUCUUGGGAUAAUGAAUCUGUUUUUGUUUAUAAGGAUAAUGUUCUUAUUGAUAAUAUUAGUUAUGGCCCUUAUGAAGGAACACCCAUGUGUGUACUUUCUUAUUUCCCAGAUUUAAUGGUGAAGAAAUUAUAUUAAUUUAUAUUGUCAAAAGGAUAGAAUUAUGUGAAGUUUGAAUUAGUUGAUAAUUUGUAGGCAAUCAGUGAAGGUAAAUAAAACAAUUUAAUUUUAGAAUCAUGGGGAAUUAGAGAUAUAAAAAUAGAGGUUUUAGAACCCUGUGUUGAUUUUUAUAGCGAAUGCAAUUUUUAGGGAGACUUAUGGAAGAUCUGUUCUGGAAAUCAGACUACUUUUGCCAAAUUUGUUCCUUUCAAAAUUAAAUCUAUCUAUAUUUUAAAUGGUAUUACUGUGUAGUUGAGAGACUCAAAAUAUCAUGGAGGAAUUUUAAAGACAUAUACUUCCAAUUAAACUUGCUUAGAUGAUUUUCAUGUAAUUUAUAUUAAAUUAUAAUUUUAAGUUUCCUAAGUAUGAAAAAUUAUAAUGA